AUGGUAUGUAGAAUAGGCAAUAUUCAGCAUUGUCUCAGGGAAGGACACAUCAUCCAGCUUGUGCAUCAGGUAGAACACCCGCAAUUAUCAUCUGCCAUGUUUCAACAGCAACCCCAGGCUCAAGCGGCUCAAGCUCAGGGGAAUGUGUUCUCGGAACAAACCCGCAGGAAAUAUUUCCCACAAUUGAAACCUUACUUCCCAAAUAACCAAGGCCAGGGUCAAGGCCAGCCUCAAGGGCAGGCUCAGGGUCAAAAUCAAACCCAGGGCCAACAGCAACAACAGCAACCCCAAAAUAUGCCUCCUGGUUUGCAACAAGGAAUGCCCCACCCAGUAGUAGAAAACAACCAACUUCCAGGUCAGAUGCCUGGGAUGGGCCAAGGGCCAACUGCAGGACCAAGUUCAGUUCCUGGGCCAGGUCCCACACCAGCAGGAAUAACACAUGCGCUAGAUGAUCCAAAUGUCUACCAUUGGAUAUGCCAGCUCACUUACGGGCCAAGCAAAGAACAAGCGCUUCUAGAACUAGGUAAGAAACGUGAACAGUAUGAGGAUUUGGCUAUCGUGCUGUGGUCCAGUUUCGGUGUGAUGACGUCGUUGCUAAAGGAAAUAAUUUCAAUUUAUCCGCUUCUUUCACCUCCUGCAUUAUCAAACCAGUUAUCAAACCGCGUAUGCAACGCUUUGGUGCUCUUACAAUGUGUCGCAUCACACCCAGAUAUCAGGCCUCAAUUCUUACAGGCUCACAUCCCGUUGUUCCUUUUCCCAUUCUUAUCUACGACAUCAAACCAAAGAACUUUUGAAUAUUUAAGGCUAACUUCACUAGGUGUCAUCGGUGCUCUAGUGAAAAACGAUUCUGCAGAAGUGAUCAGUUUCCUUCUAAGGACAGAUAUUAUCCCAUUAUGUUUAAGAAUCAUGGAAAACUCUUCAGAACUUUCGAAGAUCGUCGCUAUCUUCAUCUUACAGAAAAUAUUAUUAGACGAUAACGGACUCCAGUUCGUAUGCGCGACCCCAGAACGGUUCUACGCGGUGUCACAAGUUUUGGCAACUAUGUUUAAGCACAUGUCCCAACAACAGGUGCCGGGAAGAUUAUUGAAACAUGUUGUAAGAUGCUACCUAAGAUUAUCGGAUAAUUUAGAAGCCAGAAGAUUGUUGAAACAAGUUUUGCCGCAACAACUAAGAGAUAACACCUUCAAUGAAGCACUACAGGACGAUGUAGGUACCAAGAGAUGUCUUGCACAACUACUCCUGACUCUAGAUGAACAGCAGCAGUGA